CUUGCUAUAUAUACCUGACAUCUUCUUCUUCCAUGCAUCAAAAACAAAGCAACAGAGUUAAUCUAGUAAACAAUCAAAUUCUCGGCCACUAAUCAAUUGAAAUGGAAUAAUAAAUCUAUUUCUUCGUCUCUUUGCCAAUAAAUCAGCAUUCUCGUGAAGAAUAGCAGAAUAUAUGAAAUCACAAUGCCCAGUACCUAUUAUUCGAUUCAAUUCUGAAUAAUCGUAAAUCCUAUCUUCUUUUUUAUCCGAAAAUGUCAUAAAAUCCCUGAAUUUCAUUGGAGAAAGUAAGAAAAAUGGCAAUGAUCCCAAGAUUCUUUGGCAAUCGAAGGAGCAGCAUCUUCGAUGAUCCGUUCUCCUUUGACAUAUUGGAUCCUUUCAGGGGCUUCCCUCUGUCUUCUUCGUCACUCACCACCAAGCCUGUCCCAGAAAGCGCUGCUUUUGCUAACACCAGAAUCGACUGGAAGGAAACUCCGGAAGCUCAUGUCUUCAAAGCCGACCUCCCUGGGCUUAAAAAAGAGGAAGUGAAAGUGGAGAUUGAAGAUGACAGGAUGCUUCAAAUCAGCGGAGAAAGGAAAUUUGAGAAGGAAGACAAGAACGACACUUGGCACAGGGUUGAACGUAGCAGUGGGAAGUUCAUGAGGAGGUUCAGGUUGCCAGAAAACGUGAAGAUGGAACAGGUGAAAGCUUCCAUGGAAAAUGGGGUCCUUACUGUUACCGUUCCUAAAGAGGAAGUGAAGAAACCAAAUCUCAAAUCCAUUGAGAUUUCUGGUUAAAACAACUUGAAAGCCGUCAAACGUUUUGAUGAACAUUUUUCUUUGCCUGCCUUCAUAUACAUAAAUAUUACGACUCCAUGCUUGUGAAAUGAAAUUAGUGUUGCUAAUGUAAAAGUAUCUUUGCUUUAAUGUAAAUUUCUUCUGCUUAUUGCCAGUUCUAAACAUGUAAUUUCCAAAA